AUGGGCGGCGAUUGGCACUUUUUGCUUGAGGAAGAGAAAACAGCAGGCACGUUUCACUCAUACUGGCAGUUACGACAAUUCAACAUUGACUGGUGCCGAGGCUCAACCUCCAUCUUUGACGAACGGGCGACUACCCAGAUUAGGGUCUGA